UCGAUUUGUGGGAGGCGGGCGCGGCGAUAGACGGCGACUCACAGAUAGCGGGCGAAGCGAAAACCAAAGCGCACCCAAAAAAGCUAGCUAGCCGUGGAAAAAAAACGGAAAUCCCGGAAGCCACCUAAACUGGAACAAGACCAUGCAAUAGUCCACCUGCUAGUGCACACUUUGCGAGCGAGAGAGAGCGGGCGAAAGAGAGCAGGCGAACAGGAGCGGCAAGGACGGCGGCGGCGGCAGACGGGCGACAAAAAUGGAGCUUCGCGAUUUGCGUGCUGGCGGUAACGACGGCGUGCCAGGCGGAGGAGGCCCAGGUGGAGCAGGAGCUGGCGCUGCAGCAGGCGCAGCCGGCGGAGCAAGUGGACCCGAGUUCGGCGGCAUCUGCAUUGGUGGCACUGGCGGUGGCCAGAGAUUGCCCACCAAGGCGGACCUGUUCAUCGAACAGCUAAAUGCCACCAACGCCAAAAAGGUGGCCCUCCUCCUGGUUCUCGGAUUCAUUGUUUACCACGGCCUCCUCAACUGGAACUACGGCAGCGACUCCUGUCAGUGGUUGCUCUCCAAGGGCCGCUUCAAGGGCGACAACGAAUGGCAGCCGUAUGGCUGCAUGGUGCACAAGUACUCCCUCACCGACACGCGGCGAUGUUUACGGUACUUGGCCUUUUUCGACAACAAGAACAACUUCGUCUUCAUCGGCGACGACAGUGUCCGGCUGCUGUACGAGCGCUUCGUGGAGCAGCUGCGUCUGCCGCUCGCCGCGGACGAACUGGCCGCCCAGCAGCCGGAGCAGCAGGAUGACGACAACAAUGCCUCUGUGGCGGACAGCUCGGCGCGUUUCGAGGACAAGAAGCUGCACAUGCUGGCCCAGUACAUUAGGGCCGAAGAGGUCAAUCCGGCGCUAGUGGAGCGACUCUAUCACCUGGAGGCCGAGAAGCAGCUCUCCUCCGUCUACGUGGUCGGCUUCACCUACUCUGGCCUGCUGGCCGGCAACACCACUGAGGACGUACUGCGCCAGUACGCCGCCAACUUGACACUGCUCGUGGCCCCGUUCCACCGGCUGGUGGCCCAGACGUCGCGAGUCCUCUGGAAGCUGGCGGACCGCGUGGACGAGGAAAAGCUGCCCGCCAGCUGGAAGCUCUUGCAGAACGAGCACAUUGACAGGCUGAACCAUGUGGCACGAGGCGUUUUCCGAUACACAGAGGCCAGUGUCUGGGAGUCGGCGUGGCACAUCGCCAACGGGCUGCUGGACAACGCUGUCGAUGGCCACCAGCUGUGUGCACACGGCCAGCGGCUGGAGGUGCAGCUUCUGUGGAAUAUGUACUGCAACGAUUACAUGAACUACAACGAUGGCACCUGCUGCAGCAGCUCCGAGCCGCACACUACGCUCCAGAUUGUGGCGUACGCCAUGUUCGGUGUCUGCAUGGCCCUCGUCUGCGGCAUGUGUCUUCGCCGCUGGGUGCUCCACCUGCGAGGCCACACGCUCUAUGUGCCGCUCCAGCAGCACCAGUCGCAUUCGCAGCAGCAGGAGGGAGGAGGACGCACGCGAGGCGCUCCUGGCAACGCCCUGUCGGCUCUGAUAACCGACUACGGCACUCCCAUGGUGGCUCUGUCGCUCCUGGGUCUGAUCCUGGCCUACUUCUACCUCUGCGACCGCACCAAUUUCUUUAUGAAGGAGAACAAGUACUACUCGGAGUACAGUUUCUGGAUCCCAGUGGGCUACGUCUUCGCCUUGGGGCUCUUCUUCACCGAAGACUCCAGGUUUACCAAGGUCCUGAACCGCGACCAAACGGAUGAGCUGCGCGGCUGGAUCCUGCUGGUGGUGCUGAUCUACUACAUGACCGGUGCGCAGCGCGUCCUGCCCAUCCACAUGCACAUCAAGCUGCUCAUAUCCGGCUACUUCUUCCUCACCGGGUACACGCACUUCACUCACCUGUGGCACACGGGCAGCAGCGGAUCCCUGUUCGUCCGCUUCUUCCAGGCCAUGUUCCGCGCGAACUUCCUCAGCGUGCUGCUCUGCUUCUGCAUGAACCGGCCCUACCAGUUCUACUACUUCGUGCCGCUCCUCUCCUUUUGGCUGUGCGUCGUCUACUUCGUGCUGGCUCUGCCGCCACGGAUAUCCUCCGCCUCGGUGGACGCCAAUCCGCUGCACUACCUCUACCUCGUGUGCAAAUGCAUCGGCUGCCUCGGCGGGAUCACGGUGCUCUUCAUGUCGGAGGUGUUCUUCGAGCGCAUCUUCGUGACGCGACCGUGGAAGGCCCUGUUCGUGACCACGGACGAUGAUCUGCACGAGUGGUGGCACCAGUGGAAGCUCGAUCGCUACACUGUGGCCUUUGGGAUGAUCUACGCCGCCUGCUUCCACAUCGCCCAGAAGUACAAUGUCUUUGACGACAAUAACCACGGCAACCUGUUCUCGCGGAGGACCUCCAUCUCGGUGACCCUGCUGGCGCUCCUGGGCGUCGGCGUCUACACGGCCUUCUCCUUCCUGUGUCGCAACGUGCAAAACUGCGAGGAGAUCCACUCCUACAUCCUCUUCAUCCCGAUUGUGGGCUAUGUGGUGCUCCGCAACAUUUCAGGUAUCCUGCGGACGCGCUACUCCGCCUUCUUCGCCUGGUUCGGCCGGAUUUCUCUGGAGCUGUUCGUGUGCCAGUACCACAUUUGGCUGGCUGCCGACCGCCACGGUGUCCUCGUCCUGCUGCCCGGCUCCCCCACGCUGAACAUGAUCAUCACGUCGUUCAUCUUCGUGUGCGCCUCCCACGAGGUGCACCGCCUCACCCAGAUCAUCCUGCCCUAUGCAGUGCCCAACGACUGGCGGCUGGUGAUGCGAAACUUUGUCAUCUUCCUCAUUGUGCUCAUACCCGUGGCCCGAUCCGACGGAAUGUUCUAGGCUCUGAUCCUGAUCCGCCCAGCUGGCGAACCCAAGUAUUUUACAAACAGAUCCCUCUGGCGAAAGUGAACCCCUAGUGUGCUUCAGAAUGGGGUCACACUAGUUGGUUUUCUGAUUAUUUUUCGAGACGAAGAUUAGUCAUCUGACGAAUACCUUAAGAAACCUUUUACAUUUUUUAUAUAUAUUUUAUUUUUUUUUUUACAAGCUUCCAAGGCACACACUUAACCCUAUUUAUUUUUGGAUCUUGAGGGGAGCGACCCACUCUAGGUAUAUAGUGCGAAUCAUAGCUGUAAGCCAUAAAGUGUAGCCAAUCCCGAAACGGGAAAACCCAACCUACUUAAUAAUAAACUUCUCCAUUUAAGCUAAGCCAGAUUAGAUUCGAUUACGAGUCCGUUCCAUGUCCAUACCAGAUCAGAGACCAAGUGGAAAAAGUAUAUAGAAAUUGUAUCAUACUCUCGGAUAGUGGAACAGAUGAUUAUACUUGUGAUUAUAUUAUUUGUCAAUUUUUGAUUUUA